AUGUCCACCGCCGCCGCCAACCUCUUCGAACCAGCCUCCGUGACCAGUAGUGGCCUUCCAGUCCUCCACCAAAACGAAGUAGAAUGUCACCUCCUCUCCUCCGUAGACCUUGAAACCGAACCCGCUACCACCACCAAUUCCCGUGACUUCCCUCCAUUAAAAUCAGGCCUCCUCAUCCUCACCACACACCGCGUCCUUUGGCUUCCUUCCAAUGUCGCCACAGACAGUUCAAGUCCAGUAUCAAUUCCUUUGAAUUCUGUAACUCAUAUAUUUUCACCAAAAAAGUCGAUCAAGUCAAUGUUUCACUCGCCUCGGAUUCGGUUUCAAGUGUCUUCGCAUUCGAGGAGCGUUGUGGUGACUUUAGUAAUUAGAGGGAAGGGAGAUAUUGAUGGGUUUUUUACGAAGUUUUGGGAUUGCUGGAGAGGAAGGGCUUGGGAGAUUGGUAUUGAUGGUGGUCGUGGGUCGGGUUCGGGGUCUGCUACGGGUUCUGGGUCGGGUUCGGCUGGUGGGUUAUAUUCGAGUGAUGGGUCAGUGAGGCUGGUGGGUGUGGCUGGGAUAUUGAGGAAAGAGCAGGAGAUGUGGGAAAGUACUGAUAAGAGCUUGCAAGAUGCUUUUCAAGACUUGAAUGCUCUUAUGAGCAAGGCUAAAGAGAUGGUCAUGCUAGCAGAGAAGAUGAGGCAGAAGCUUUUGUCUGGCUCGAGUUCUCAAAGUGGUUCUGGGAAUGAUGAAGAAAUGGGUUCCAAAGAAGAGAUUCAAGAUUGGCUGUUGAGUGUUGGUAUCAUAUCCCCAGUGACAAAAGAGUCUGCAGGUGCCAUGUAUCAUCAACAACUGUCCCGUCAGUUGGCAGAUUUUGUCAGAAUUCCCCUAGAGAAAGCUGGAGGCAUGAUCAAUCUUAUAGAUAUCUAUUGCCUCUUCAAUCGUGCUCGGGGCACAGAAUUGAUCUCACCUGAGGAUCUUCAUCAAGCCUGUUCUCUUUGGGAGAAGUUUGAUGUUCCAGUAAUGCUUCGGAAAUUUGAUAGUGGAGUGAUGGUCAUCCAGAAUAAGUCCCAUAGUGAUGAGGAGGUUUUUGCUAGAAUAAAAAAUCUUGUAUCAAAGCCUGAAGCCCUGCGGUCUGGAAUAGCUGCCAGUGAUGCUGCCAUGACAUUGGGUAUUGCUCCAGCUAUGGCCAAGGAGCAUCUUCUAACUGCCGAGAGCAAAGGUUUACUAUGCAGGGAUAUAAGCCCAGAUGGAUUUCGCUUUUUCAUUAACCUCUUUCCUGAAAUCAAUGCUGAUGAUGUACACAUGGUGAAAGAUCAUGGGAUUUAUUCUUUGUGGAUAAAAACUUCGGUUUGCAAAGUCGAUGUUGCCAAGAGAUUUCAGGAGGCAUUGCGACAGCUCGAUGAUUGCAAGGUAGCUGCUGCAGCCCGGAGACAUGGGUAUAGCUUGGUGUUGGCAUAUUUGAAGGAGAGUGUUUCACCAGGAGCCAAGGCUCUUCCAUCAUUGACCAGACAGUCAUCCACAGCAAUACGCUUAAAUAUUUCAGGAAGAACAAGUAGCACAGAACUAAAUUCACCACAGCUGAGAUGGAUAUUAGCUAUAGAUACUUGGGCAUUUGUGUUUGUGAUUCUCACUAAAAACGAUGGGAUUCCAUUUGGAAGAGUCCCGGAAGAACCUUGCUCAACAGAAAUAUCAUCCUUCGAACAUUUUUCAGGGCCUGUAAUUGAUCCUUUCACUCCCGCUCCUUCUAAAAGGUCUGUUAGGGUAGGCUUUUUGCCUGUUGGCCUUCUCGAAUCGAAACACGUAACCAUGUCAAUUAAGAAGUUGGGGGCAGUUGUGUUGCGAAUUAGUGAAGGAUCAGAGUCUGUCAUGUCAGCAAUUAAAGAAGCAAUAAAAGAAAGCAGGCGUUUCCUUGUGUGA